GGCUCGCCGGCCGCAGUGCAGACCUGCCGAGGGGAGGCGGUUGACCACCCCCUGCACCGGCAGGCCGGCGCCGCGUGCCGAGCUGGGCACUGGGCAUGUCUGGGAAAGCAGCAGCAGCAGCAGUAGCUUUUGGGUUGCUUUAGAAAUCAGCAUGAAGCUCCUCUCCAGGUGCCGAAUCAUGCAGGGCUGGAGACAGGAGGAGUGCUCAUCAAGGUUAUAGCUGACUUCUGCGAAUAAAGCACAGGCACAGCUCUCCGUUUAUAGCACAAGUGAGCUCAACUAGAUUUGAUUCAUUCAUCGGAAUUAAUGUAGCUGUGAUUUACAUAAAAAAAUUUAAGGUAUUAAUCAAAAAUUAUAUUUUAUUUCAUGCGUUGAUCUGCACGAAUAAGACCUGGAGCAUCUGUCUUUAUUUGGCAUCAGGCUCCCAGAGCACCACCCAGACUCAUGGUGCAUUCAUGAGCAAAUCAAUUAUUUAAAGUCCUGAUUGCGCAGCUAAAAUCCCUGUUUGCUUGUGGCGCGGUAAUCAGGUUAUUGUUUCCAAAGCCUUGGUGAGCUCCUUACUGUAUAUGCAGUGGGGCUGUUGAAGUGCUGUGGGAGGCCUGGCAUGCCCUCCUACGCUCUCCGAAAAGAUGGUGACUGUGAAUAUGCCCCGCCCCUUCCUGUAGGUUUACCUGCUGCCUUAGCCCCUCCUCCUGACCUCGGUGCCCCUCCUCCUGACCUCGGUGCCCCUCCUCCUCCAGGCGCCUCCGAGCCCAGCAAUGCGACUGACAGUCUGUCAGCCUCCACCAUGAACCUGCCAAAGCAUUCGGAGCCGCCCAUCAGUAAGCGCCUGUCAUCCUCCUCCGCGACUAUCACUCAUUCUGCAGAGCGAGGCAAGUGAGCGAACUCCUGCGUGUCUGUCCGUCUGUCCCUGUGUCUGUCCCGUCUGUCUGCGCGCCCCUCGAUGCUCCUGUGCCUCGGCGUGUUUGUUUGGCGUGUUCUUGCAGAAAUGGGGGUUCGUGUUGUUCAGCCCCCAGAGUGCCUGGGAUAUUGAGAUGCCGUGACGGGGCUGCUCUUGCCAGCUCCAGAAGGUGCCUGACCGAACUCACAACGUAUCUGUUUCAGCGCCAUCUGUGCCAGGCUGUGCCCCCGCCUGAAACUGGGGGAGGGGGGGACUGAUAUAGGUUCAGUUUAGGAGGUAUCUGAAACUAUGGCAGCCAUUAUGCACUAUUUAGCCUUUGGCACCAGCUUCUCUCCACAAGCAGCGCAUGUCCUGGAGGCAAUCGAGUCGCAUGUUAAUGCGAAUGUAAUUUAUUUUUGAACAGCGGCUGGAAGCAUCUUUUUGGGGGAAUAAUAACUGCAUGGUGAAGUAAAACAACGACUUAUUUUCCCCCCAAAAUUUGGGGGUAAAUAUUAGAUUUAAAGGGGAGCUGUAAGUCCCAGUAUCUCAGACUGCUUAUUAAACCUCAGUAACAGUAUAAAUUCAUUGAAUUUGACAAAUUUCAUAUGAAGCACAAAAUUGUGAAUUUGGUGGAAGUACCGUAACCCGAGAGCUCCCACAAAUUGUGGCGUGAAGCAGCCCUUCCUGCUCACUAGUCACUGUAAUGACUAAUGUAAUGUGAUGCACCAGCAAAUAAAUACAGGUUGUGCUGCAGGCAUUUCACUGCAGAACUGUUCCAACGUGGAGAGGAUCUGGAGAGCGAUAUUUUUUUAUUGGAUUGAGAGGCGUAUUAACAAGCCUGCUUUUCGACAGUGUCACAGGGCCGCUUAACAUCAACGGAUGCCUCGCUCUGAAUCGCACAACAUGGCGCCGCGCAGACCUGCAGAUUUCCUCUCUUUUGUGAUGUAAGGUGCAGGUUUAACAAGUUACGUGUGGGCAUUUUAGUUCUGUUGUGGUCUGAAGUGCGCUCAGCGAUGCCGAUUCGUUCUCAGCCCCGACAUGUACAAAUGGCGUCGCAGUCCCCCCCCUUUAAAAUCUCUCGGCUUCUUCCCACUGAAGCCGUGGAUGCCUGCUCGAUAUGACAAGGCUGUUGCAAGUUUAUUUCUGCUCCAGCGGCAGCCCCGCGUCUGCUUUCUCAAGCCAGUCCGGCCUGGGGGAGUUCGCGGUGGAGGGGCGGACGGGUUGGGGCGAUCCGCGGGACAGCGGGGGCCGGGGGCCGGGGCAGGUUUGUCACAGCUCAAUGCAGCAGGAGCUCUGUGGGACGGGUUGUCACUGGGAUGUGGGCAGAGGGAAGUGAGUUUAAGAGCCUGUUAACCCGUGACGAUAGUCCUUUAAUGUCCUGUUGUCACCGAUACCCCGGCGUGGAUGAGGCGGCCGCGGAAGGUGCGGGCCUGCAACUCUCACGUUGAUUUGAGUUUCGUGCAAGGACUGUCGACGAGGGGGGUGACACCAGGACACCUCCCGUGGCAGUUGCAGUGCUCUGUGGCUGCUUUUACAUUUUGUGAGCGUCUCUCUCUCUCUCUCUUUCUCUUUCUCUCGGUGCGCUGCGGAGAUGCGUUGCCAUGGCAAUGCGGGGUUGCAAGCGAGCGGACACACAGCACGUCACGCUGUCACGUGUCGACGCUUUAAAAAAAACGCGGGGGGGAUGGGGUUCUGCCCGUGUGUGUCCGUCCGAACCGAGAGCCGGUGCGGGGUUGAAGCAGAAAACCAUCGGACACGACAGGGGCCCGUGUGGAAGAUAUCCCCCCCCCCCCCUCCGUCUUGUGUUCUCCGUCACAUCGUUUCCCGUUUAAGUCCCGUCAUCCAAGUUCAUUUCCGCCGGCCUGCUGGCAGGGGAGAAAGGGCAGUCCUGGCCUCAGUGUUCCCUCUUAGCAAGCCCAGGCUUUCGGUUCCUGUUCGGUUCCUGUUCUUUCCACCACCCUCCUUCAUGCUGCAUGUGUUCACGUGUUGUUGUUGUUGUUGUUUUGUUUUGUUUUCUGGCGGUUUGUCCUCUUGCUGUCCUCAUCCAUGCCCACCUCCGCGCCCUGGAGAACCCGCGGGUCAGCCCCUCGUCCCUCGCCGGGCCGAGCUCCGCCGCGAGCUCCCGGGUCACGGCUGUGCCUCGCGGGACAGGGGCCGGGCCGGGC